AUGACAGCAAAAUCGGCCGUUGAUACGUGUCUUGAUGUCAUCAGAAUAAUAGCCGAAGCGAGGCGUCUAGAGAAAUGGCCUGAUCAAGAGCUUGAAGUUCAGCAACAACUCGUGAAAGGGCAUCCGGUUUCGAUCGUUGUACAAACGGCCCACCAGCAGUGCGGCGCGGUGUGCGCCAAGGCGCGCUUGCUGGAAAUCUGGACCAUCAAGCGGCAGAUCGGCGAGGAAGCCGCCGGGGGUAUGGAUCCGUUCUUCCUGCUCAGCGCCGUUCGGUCUCAACUUCACUUUUCCCCGCUGCAUUCCUGGCAAACUGGAAGUCAGAUACCGCCAGGCGUCGGCGUCAUUUCCAGCCUAAAAAUGACUGUUUCUUCUCAACAGGAGACCCUGGCUUUAUUGCCCGAGCUUCAUGCUUUUCCACCAUCGAAGCGGAGUGACUAUCAAGGCCAUGCAGCCUACAGCGUGCCAACGACGGUGUUUUGCCCAGAAUCGCUUGAGACGCCGCGAAUUCUGUUUUCGGAUUCUCUGGAAGCUACAUCCCCGCAGCCGCUGUCAUCACCGCUGUCGCGUUUCCUACAGGACACCAGCAAGAUGAUGGACGGUAAAGAGGAACAACGAACUGGUCGCAGCAUUCAACGCUCAAAGAUGUUUAAUCGGAUGGGCCUGCCAACCUAUUCCAGCCCUGCCCCACCGGUCGAGCUGAAGCGGCGACGAUUGAGGAGUGGUACCAGCAUCUGCCUGGAUUCUACAACUUCGAAUGAGCCAGACGACGAUUGCCCCCGCCUUGCCUCCAGCGCCCCGAGCAGCAAGAGUCUUUUGUGUAAUUUUGAGGAAAGUGCGCUGCAUGGCCGUCUUGAUCCUUUGGCCGUGGUGGGAGGCUUCAUUUGCCACCUUGUCGUCUCAAACGGGCCACUACCAUCCGUGGAUCUACGACUACCCGUCCGAGCCUGUUAUUUUGAGAACGACUCGGACACGGCGGCACCUUCACCAUAUUUGGGAAUUUGCUCGUUGGAAAGUAUCUCGAAGCGUGGCAUUCGCAUCCCGCCGGCCGGGACACUCCAAGUGACGCUUCUAAAUCCACAGGGGACCGUCGUCCGCAUCUUCGUCCAACGGUACGACUUCACAGAUAUGGCGCCCCGGUCGACGACCUUCCUGCGCCAGCGCACCUUCUUCAUGAAGGAGGGCGACAAGCAGAAAUGGUUGCGCUAUCUCGUCCACUUCAAGAUUCGUAGCGAUAAGCAGGGCGGCAUCCGGUUGCACAGCGAUCUACGCAUGCUUUUCGCUCCGAAUAACACUAUUGACGCUUUAAAUAUUGAGCGCGCCGAAGACGACCGCUACGUGCUGAAGACGUUCACCGAAACGCCGCGGCCCACCACAUCUUCUUCUAGCCGAAAUGAU